UCCAAAGAUUGAUAAUAGUACCUCAAAUACUCACCUAAAUUUGUAUCUAUAGUGUGUUAUUUGCAGUCACUUUCUCUCACUCACAAGCACACACACUGACAUUCUCUUGUGUGUGCUUAAAUUACAAGCAUAGAAUUUUGAAAAAGGUGAGAUCUUUGAAAUACCCAUCAAGUGAUUUUGAGUUUUGCUGCAAAAUCUUGAGAAUUUGCAGGCUUUUUGCAGAGAUUGGGCUCAUGGGUAAGUGCAUUUUGUGAUGAUAAUGUGAGGUAAGUACUCAAAUCUGUGCUGUUUUUGUAUGUGUUUUUGUGGUUUAAGUAAUGAUGGUAGCUACAAUUUCUGAAGUAGUUUCAAGUAACUCAUCAAGAAACAAUAAAGCAAGUCCAGUUAGUGAUAAUUCAAGAAGGCCCCUUGAGAAAGAUAAUGGAAUUAACCCUAGAAAACCUAAAUUGAGGCAAGUUGCUUCAAGAUAUUUGACCCCUUCACCUUCAAGUUCUAGUUCUUCAGUUUCUACAUCAUCUUUGAGAAGGUGUGCAUCUCCUUUGGUUUCGAGAAAUAGUACAAGUAGUUCAGGUAGUCAUAGUCCUGGUGUGUUGCCUAAAAGGUCGGUUUCCGUGGACCGGAGGAGACCCUUUAGGCAGGAUCUUGAAUCUAAAGUAGGGAAUGUUAGUGAAGUUUCAGCUGCUAGUAAAAUGCUGGUGACUUCUACUAGGAGUUUAUCUGUAUCGUUUCAAGGGGAGGCAUUUUCGCUUCCUAUUAGUAAGACUAAAGUUACUCCAGCUUCACCUAAUAAGAGUAAUGUGAGGAAGGGUACACCGGAAAGGAAGAGGAGUAAUACUCCAGUGAAGGGUAAGCCUGAUGGUGGCGGAGAUCAAGUGGAGAAUUCUAGACCAACUGACCAGCAUAGGUGGCCUGCUAGAAGCAGACAACCGAAUCCUUUAUACAGGAGUGCGGAUUGUAAUAGUGACCUAAAUAGUAAGCUAAUUGGAUCCGGAAAUGUUGUAAGGGCACUUCAGCAGUCGAUGAAUGGCGAGAGGAGGGCAUCUUUUGAUGGUAGAUUAAGUCUUGAUUUGGGCAAUGCGGAGGUUCUAAAGUCAGUUGUUGAACAACAACCAAAUCGAAAUUCACUUAAUAUUUCAUCUGUGGCUUCUGAUCUUACUACAUCAGAUACAGAUAGUGUUUCUUCAAGUAGCACCUCAGGAAUGCAAGAAUGCAAUGGGGUACCCCUUGGACGUAACGGGCCUCGUGGAAUUGUUGCAUCAGCAAGGUUUUGGCAAGAAACUAACAGCCGGUUGAGGAGGUUGCAGGAUCCUGGUUCACCAUUAUCAACAAGUCCUGGUUCAAAAUUGGGAGUCCCGCCAAAGUUUAUUCAGUCAAAAAAGUUCCAAAGUGACAGUCAGUUAUCAUCACCACGCACAAUGGCAUCCCCUAAUCGAGGAGGUAUUAGACCUGCAUCACCAAGUAAGCUUAUCACAUCUGUCGCAUCAUCGCCUUCAAGGGGGAUGAUUAGUCCAUCUCGGGUCCGACAGUCAGUUAGCAGUACCAUUAGUAGUCAUUUCACUGAAACACCCUCAGUUCUCAGUUUUAGUGUUGAUGUCCGAAGGGGGAAAGUAGGGGAAAAUCGUUUAGUUGAUGCUCAUCUCUUGAGGCUUCUGUAUAACCGACAAUUGCAGUGGCGCUUUGUAAAUGCUAGGAUAGAAGCUACAUUGUUGGUGCAGAAACGCAGAGCAGAGAAAAACCUAUGGAAUGCAUGGCUAACAAUCUCAGAUCUACGUGAUUCUGUCACAAAAAGAAGGCACAGACUACGGCUGCUGAAGCAGAAAUUAAAAUUAGCUUCCAUCCUUAAAGGACAGAUGGUGUUUCUUGAAGACUGGGCGUCUCUGGAUACAGACCACGCUGUUUCAUUGUUUGGAGCAAUAGAAGCAUUGAAGGCUAGCACACUUCGGCUUCCAGUUGUUGGAGCAUUGGCUGACAUUCAUAGUAUGGAAGAAGCAGUUAGUUCAGCAGUUGAUGUGAUGCAGGCAAUGGGGUCCUCAAUAUGCUCACUUUUGUUAAAGGUGGAGGAACUGAAUUUCUUGGUGGCUGAACUUGCACAAGUGCGUGGAAAAGAACGAGCUUUACUGGAACAAUGCAAAGAUUUCUUGUCCGUGCUAGCAGCUAUGCAGGUUAAGUACUGUAGUUUGAGAACACAUUUGUUACAGCAUAACCAUAUACCAACAACCUGACAAGGGUAGGACUGUUAAAAUAAGCUAACAAAAUACGGAAAUCAUCAACUUAGAGAAACAACAAGCGAAGUCCUACAGCAAUGACGGAUUUUCAUUCUGCAGUUUUUGUAGAUCGUGUGGGUUUUCUAUGUAUCAUAUAUGAGAAUGACUGCUAACCAUGUAAUUGUUCUGUGCUUUAUCUUGAAUAAUUCUGAAGGUUCAAAGCGUGUAUAGAAAGAGACGCUUCCUAAGUUAACAGGGAUCGAAGAACACCUUGCAUGCACACACUCGACACUAGUAUGGUCGCACUUAUUUUGCACUUAUUUUACAAGGCUUUCGAAUCA